GGCUCAGACAGUCCACCUCAGUCUCUGCUUCCCGAACACAGAGACCCAGCUCUCAGCUAACCACAAACAGCUAGCAAACAGCACCUUCCCGCACAAAAGGAGCUCUGUCCUUUGCACCAGUUAACCAAAAGUUCGAGGAACCACGUCGGCGACAAAAAUGAAGCGGCGGAUACAUCUCGGUCUGGUACUGGUCUGCUCGCUUGUCUCGUAUUUCUGUUCGUGCUCGGCGUUUUAUCUUCCGGGUUUAGCCCCAGUGAGUUUUUGUGAAGACGGCAAAGGUGGCGAAGAUUGCCAGACAGUGAUUCAGCUCUUUGUCAAUCGCUUGGACUCUGUAGAGUCAGUUCUGCCUUACGAAUAUGAUGUGUUCGACUUUUGCAAAGACGCUAAGGAAAUGAGGCCAUCUGAGAACCUUGGACAGGUGCUGUUUGGUGAACGAAUUGAGUCUUCCCCAUACAAGUUCAAUUUUAAACAAGAUAUCAAAUGCAAGGCAGUGUGCACAAAGAACUACCACAAAGGCAACCAGGAGGAAACAGUCAAACUGGAAUUUCUCAAGAUGGGAAUGCAGCUUAACUAUCAGCAUCACUGGAUCAUUGACAACAUGCCAGUGACAUGGUGCUAUGAUGUAGAAGAUGGCCAGAAGUACUGCAACCCGGGCUUCCCCAUUGGCUGCCUUGUAACAUUAGAUGGAAGAGUUAAAGAUGCUUGCGUUAUCAAUGCCGAGUUCAACAAGAAGAACACGUUUUACGUCUUCAACCAUGUAGACAUCAAGAUCACGUACCACAGUGGAACAACAGAAGGAUGGAGGGGAGCUCGGCUGGUUGCUGCCACUAUGGAGCCGAAGAGUAUCAAACAGGUCGAUGAGAAAACCCUAAAUUGUGAAACCGGUAAUCCAAUGGAGAUUCCUGGAGAGUUCGACAAUGAUAUGUCAGUAGUUUACACCUACUCUGUCCAGUUUACGGAAGACAAUAGUAUCAAGUGGGCUUCUCGGUGGGACUACAUCCUGGUCUCCAUGCCUCACACCAACAUCCAGUGGUUCAGCAUCAUGAACUCCCUGGUCAUUGUUCUCUUCCUGUCUGGUAUGGUUGCCAUGAUCAUGCUGAGAACCCUGCACAAGGACAUUGCCAGAUACAACCAGGUGGACCAGGCAAACUUGAUAAAGAUUCCACCGACCAAGGAAAAAUCCUUCCUACCCUAUGAGGACGCACAGGAAGAGUCAGGGUGGAAGCAGGUGCAUGGAGAUGUUUUCCGUCCCCCCAGGAAAGGGAUGUUGCUUUCUGUGUUCCUGGGACAGGGCACACAGAUCUUCAUCAUGACAUUCAUUACUCUCUUCCUGGCCUGUUUGGGUUUCCUGUCUCCGGCCAACAGAGGGGCUCUCAUGACAUGUGCUGUGGUACUCUGGGUUCUGCUGGGCACGCCUGCCGGCUACGUGUCUGCACGUCUUUACAAAACUUUUGGAGGUGAAAAGUGGAAGACAAACGUUCUGCUGACAGCACUCUUGUGCCCAGGCAUUGUGUUUGCAGACUUCUUCCUAAUGAACCUGAUCCUGUGGGUGGAGGGCUCCUCAGCUGCAAUCCCCUUUGGCACUCUGGUGGCCAUUUUGGCUCUGUGGUUUGGAAUCUCUGUGCCCCUCACCUUUGUUGGUGCCUACUUUGGAUUCAAGAAACCUGCUAUCGAGCAACCAGUGCGAACAAACCAAAUUCCCCGUCAAAUACCUGAGCAGUCCUUCUUCACCAAACCAAUCCCUGGUAUUGUAAUGGGCGGAAUUCUGCCCUUUGGCUGCAUCUUCAUCCAACUUUUCUUCAUUCUCAACAGCAUUUGGUCUCAUCAGAUGUACUACAUGUUUGGAUUCCUGUUUCUGGUUUUCAUUAUUCUACUCAUUACCUGCUCUGAGGCAACCAUUCUGCUGUGCUACUUCCACCUAUGUGCUGAGGACUACCACUGGUGGUGGCGUUCCUUCCUGACCAGCGGCUUCACAGCAGUGUACUUGUUCAUCUAUGCCGUGCACUACUUCUUCUCAAAACUGCAAAUUAUUGGAGCGGCCAGUACUAUACUCUACUUUGGAUACACUAUGAUUAUGGUCCUCAUCUUCUUCCUCUUCACAGGUACAAUUGGCUUCUUCGCUUGCUUCUGGUUUGUAAAUAAGAUCUACAGUGUGGUCAAAGUGGACUAGAGGACUGGGGGAAGGAUUAACUCCUUGCUGCCACAGUACUGGCCUCCUCCGUGCUGGCUGUGCGAUAAAGUGGUCUGAUUGGACAUGAACUGAAAACAUCAUGUAUCAUAGAAACAAACCUGAAGAGCAGAGCCCGUCCUCUUUUGUGCUUUAAACUUCUGUUGCUAUUUUUCUUUUUUUAAAAUAUAUAUAAUUUUGUGUUCACUGUUGACCAGUAAUAUUUUGAAUGGCGCCUUGAAAAUCAGUGUGGGUUCCAAUGGUCUAGUUGUCAUGGUGAGCGGUUUGUUUGCUGGAAUGUUUUUACUUUAAUUUUCUAAAAAAGUAAAAUGUUCUGUAUUUUGCUUUUCUAUUCCCUUAUGGCUAAAUGUUUUGUUUUUCAUUACCUGUUCUGUAAUGAUGGAAAAAUUGUGUGUACAUAUACUGUAUAGAGAGAGAAAGAGCGAGAGAAUGCUACUUAAAGAUUGUCACCAUAACAAAAUCUUCCUUAGGAGUUUUAUUCUUUGUGUUUUUUUAAGGUAAAAAUGGGGCUAUAAUUCCUUAAAUAUCACUCUGUAUUGUAGUUCAGAAAUUAUAUAAAACACUGACAUUGCUAUGA